CUCAGGCUCUCUACUCUAUUAAAGGAGCAUACCCUAGCGUCUCCACCCUUCAUCCUCGCAGUCAUCCCCGAGAAGGAGCCGCCGCCGCCGCCGCGCAAACCCGCUUCGACGCCGUCACUCCUCCUCGGGGCGCAACCAUGGUGGCCGCAAAGAAGACGAAGAAGUCUACGGACAACAUCAACAACAAGCUGCAGCUUGUGAUGAAGAGCGGCAAGUACACGCUCGGCUACAAGACUGUCCUCAGGACCAUCAGGAACUCCAAGUCAAAGCUAGUGAUCAUUGCUAACAACUGUCCUCCGCUCCGGAAGUCUGAAAUUGAGUACUAUGCUAUGCUUGCUAAAGUCACAGUCCACCACUUCCAUGGAAACAAUGUUGACCUGGGAACAGCCUGUGGAAAAUACUUCCGUGUCUGCUGCCUCAGUAUUAUUGAUCCUGGUGAUUCUGAUAUCAUUAAGACUACACCGGGUGAGCAGUAAGGAAGCCACACCAGUAGAGCGCUCUUGUGCAAUAGUGCUGUAGCGGAUCUUCUUGCUGGACUUGUCUUUUGUUUUGUUCCUAUAGAAUUUACCUGACAGUAAACAGAGUUCGUGGGAACAUUAUUCUCUUUGAUUGAAAAUUUUGUACCUGGCAAUUGAGUAAUUGACAUUGUUGAAUGUUGAAUGGAUCUUAUGCUGAAUGUGCUCGGAUUAGAA